AUGACAGGUAAAGAGGAAAUGGUCUCCGAGAAUUUUAGCAAGUCCAAAACGGUCUCGAUUUCUCCAAACCUGACAAGCAACGAGCGGUCGAAAGGCCUGCCCGGCUCCGGGAAUCCGUCGCGGUGCACGGGCUUUGGGAUCCAGGAGAUACUCGGACUGAAUAAAGAGCCGCCCGCCUCCACGCGGAUCAUCUCCGAUUCCCUGCCGGCCGCGGCUCACCUGGUGGCGGCUCGGAGCGUGCUGACUCCCGCCGGGGUAGGGUUGGUCGGCGCGGCCGCUCUGCCGGCUUUCUACGGGCAGUCGGCCUUCCUGGAUGUGCUGUCCGAACACCCGGGAAUCCACGCAGCUCCUCCCGCUCACCUGCAACCUCCACGCCGGGGCGCAAUCCACCUGGAGACCUGUCAGGAAGUCAGUUCAGAUUCUGAAGACAUUUCGUCAAGUGACAGAAAGCUUUCCAAAUCCAACCUGAGCCAAACAAAAAAGAGGAAGAAAAGACGUCACAGGACUAUUUUCACUUCUUACCAGUUGGAGGAACUGGAAAAGGCAUUUAAUGAAGCUCACUAUCCAGAUGUAUAUGCACGGGAAAUGCUGGCCAUGAAAACAGAGUUACCAGAAGACAGGAUUCAGGUCUGGUUCCAGAACCGCAGAGCCAAGUGGAGAAAACGGGAGAAAUGCUGGGGCCGCAGUAGCGUCAUGGCUGAGUACGGGCUGUAUGGUGCGAUGGUACGGCACUCCAUCCCACUGCCAGAAUCCAUCCUGAAGUCUGCAAAGGAUGGCAUCAUGGAAUCCUGCGCUCCGUGGCUUCUUGUUCAAGAUGGCUUACCAAUGACCAGACGCUUUUCUAAAACCGAGUACCAACAAUUCUUUCUAGGAAUGCACAAAAAGUCCCUCGAGGCAUCUGAGGUGGUGAGGAAAGUGGAAGCCGAGCACGGCAGUCAGGCCAGCCAGGAGGACCCGGAGCGUGAAGUCAAGGGCAAGGAUUCCAAGGCGGCCAUUUCCAAAGAGGAACUGCGGGAGAGCAGCAUAGCAGCCCUCAGGGCGAAAGCACAGGAGCACAGUGCUAAAGUGUUAGGAACGGUGUCCAGUGAUGGGCAGAGCAAGAUGGCGGAGGAGGAAAGACCCGAGGAGAUGAAGAGCGAGCAGUCUAAGGCAAUGCCUGAUGAGCUGUCGACAGAAAAGUUCUAA